GCGACCCAGUAGGGUGCCGGCCCUGAAGAGGUGCGAUCGAUUUUCUUUCUGUGUCGUUUCAUUCAUGUCACGGUGCGCGACUUCACGAUGUAGCGCCAGGAUAUCGGAACCGCUCGGCUGAUCAGAUAGAGCUGCCUGCGACGUCAUCCCGCUCGCUCGCCUAUACGAGUCCAUCGCUCAAACGAACGAAGCGCGAUCAAACAAUCGCGUCCUUCUCUUCGAGGUGAUAUAUCCCGUUCAUUCCUCAUCCUUCUCUCCCCCUUCCCCUUCUCUCUCUCUCUCUCUCCCCCCCCCCUCGUUGUCGACUCGGUCGCGCGAGCGUACGCGGAAACACAUUAUCCCUCUCUCUUCCGGGACCAAGAACGUGGAGCCCUCACGGGAGCGGGCGUCGAAGCGCGCGGUGGCAACAGCAGCGCCAAAAUGGCAUUUGCCACGAGCACAGCUGUUGUUUACCCACAAAGCCGUGUGCAGGAGGACCACUGGUGGCUGCUGCAGCUUGCGCUAACGGGUCACUGAGGAACGAGCGGAGCGCGACACGCAGCUUCCUCGUCGGGAUGAUGGAAGAUGCUCGCGAAUGAGCGGGUUGGAGUAGCGAACGCUCGCGAGAAAGUGACGUGACGGCGACAACGACGGCGACGGCGACGGCGACGGCGACGGCGAGGAGGACGGUGGUCGUGGUGCUUCGAGGGAAGAGCGUGCACGCGAGGAAGCGCUCGAUGGAAGAGGUUAGUGAGGCUCGCGGCGGCGGAAGUCACAGCAGCGGGUACGAAUCGCGCGCGGGUAACUAACCUAGUCGCGUUCGCCAUCGCCCCGAGCCAGGACGACGGCGAAGACGAGGACAGCGACGGCGACGGCGACGGCGACGGGGACGGCGGUGGUGGCGGUGGCGGCGGCGGCGGCGGCGACGGCGGCGAAGGACCACAGUCGAGAGGAGUCGAUAUCGAAGAAGAAAGUGUCCAAGUAUCAUCAUGAACGCCAGGACACAGCUGUUCGAAUUGAGCAUGGAGGGACGUCAGGUGGAUGAAGCGGUGGCCAGUAUAUUCCACAGUGUUCUCUUUCAUCGAAGCUUCGGCAAAUUCAAGUACAAACAGGAGGGCAGCUACUCGGUAGGCACUGUGGGGUACCAGGAUGUGGACUGUGACUUCAUCGAUUUCACUUAUGUCUGCUGCUCGUCGGUGCACCUCGACCAAACGUUGAAGCGCGAGAUCUCAGGCUUCUCGGAGGCCCUGCGCUCCACCGAUAGCCCAGGCUCCGGCCAGAUAUCCUUGGAGUUUUUCCAACGUAAGAAGAACCGCUGGCCGUUUCAGCCGGAGUGCAUACCGUGGGAAGUGUGGACCGUGCGUCUCGAGCUCAUCAAACUGGCGACCGAGCACGAGCGGCAAAUAUGCCGGGAGAAAGUGGGUGAUCUGCUGACCGACAAGAUCCUCUACAUCACCGAGGUGAUGAAUCGGCACGACUACAUACCGAAAGUGCCGAGCCAGGCGGAGCUGGACCUGAUCUUCGACACCUCGUAUCCGGACAUACAGCCGUAUCUCUUCAAGCUGUCCUUCACGACCUCCGGCCCGUCGAGCACCACGAUGGGCAACACGAUGAAGAAAUUGAUCAGAGAGACACUGUCCAUUUAGUCGUAGAACGCAUAGUUCUUCGAUAGAAUUUCGACGUUGGCACAUUUGUAGCUUAGCAGUUGCCUGGAAAGUCGCAGGACUCGCUCUCUCAUUUUCUUGCUGCGAUUCGCGAGCGUGCGCGCCCUUAGCUUCUCUUGUCCUCCGCGUUGCGCCGCACGCACGAGAUAGAUUAUUUUGUUCCUCACGACUCUCCGAUAUACCUGUCUUAGCGUUUAGUAGGUUACUUCGUUUCUUCGGGUUCUGCGGAAUUUUGCGGAUACACGAAGGAAGUAUAGCGCGAGUCCCGCGGGUUUUCGGUAUUCACCUACCCCUAACGGACGUUCUCGGAAGUUCUCGAUAUAUUCGUUUGUUCACUCGCAUCAAAUGACUCUCUGUUGGACCCUUUUGGUUGCGUGUAGUCGUUCCCGGUAACGGUAGUCUUGUAUCUCGCGACAUGACGCGGAAAUAAUACUUUGUACAUUGCAGGGACUUCCGCCGCUGCUGCGUAUCUGUAAUUCUGUAUAGUACAAAUUCACAUAACACACUCAAGAUACAUCCCCGCUUUUCUUUUGUAUCUUACCGCGGACAUUCAUCGUGUAAUUAUUUUAGCAGGAUCGUGACAGAGAGAGAGAGAGAGAGAGAGAGAGAGAGAGAGAGAGAGAGAGAGACACACAUUUUAUAUAAAGAUCUUUCACGUUAUACCUCUUGAUUUCACUUAAACUCUCCACGGAUGGCAACUAUUCGUGGCAGAGCUGCAUUAUGUUCCUCUCGUUUCUCAUCGCCCUUUCUCCAACGUUGUAUAAAUACGGUUAGAAUAGACUCGAGCGUUUAGCCUCUCCAUUUUUAUCUCCGAGCGUCGCGUGGCGGACGAUCACUUCAAUUACAUUUAAGAAUAAGGAUUUCGAGUUCAGAGAGAUUCCGAGAUUCCGAGACUUUAGCCGCAAAGCAGAAUGUUUUCGAUGGGGAUUCCCCCUUUAGCGUCCGCUAGAAUCCUCGGGAGCGACUCGUCUCUCUCGAGGUGCUCGAUACUUAUCCUUCGAUUAACUCAAACGGACACGACGGCCGUACUCAGCGUUGUACACUCUGGUUUUCAAUCGCUAAUGUGAAAGUAUACACACACACACACACACACACACACACACACACAUACGCAUGGUUGUAUCCUAAACGAUCAUAUGAAAUGCUUGGAUUAUCGCGCAUGUGUACGUACAUACAUACAUACAUACCUGCUUACAUACAUGACAUGUACGUCGCUGUUAUCUUCGCCGCAGAUUUAACGCUGGAUAACCCGAGACCAUGUCCUAAUAAUAAUAAUAAUAAUGUCGAGUCGUCCUUAGCGUAAUGAAGGAGAGGAACGAAGUGAGAGCUCUAAAAAGGAUCAGACCUAAUCGGAUCGUGUGAGACGAGCACGAUGAGUCUCGCGGGGUUACAUUUAGCCGUAAAUAUGCGGCGAGAGAACACGCCGGAGGUCCGGUGUGUUAAUUGCGCAGCGCAUCACGAUUACACGCUCCACGCGCAAUUAUUUAUUUGAACGUGUAACGAGAUGGUAAUACGUAACGUAACGUCGCGGACGCGUUAUGUUAGCGCAGGCUAGUAGAUAACGCAAUUUUCCUCCUCUCGCACAGCUUUCGUUGCUCCCUAGGUUGCAAUGACCGUUUGAAGCGGAGCGUAACGCGCGACGAGACAGAGUAGCCGCUAGGGCAACUGUUAACGAGGCACAAAGAAGAGGGGGGGGGGAGGGGAGGGAGUCGGGUGACGUGCGGAAGGAAGCGCGCGAAAAGAAGUCGCGGUCGCACGAUUACAUUUUUCCGGACGUUUUCGUGCCUUCGUAUCUCGUAUGGAUUUCGAUAGGUAAAUUUAACGCUCUAGUAGGAAGUACUAACUUAACCGCAUACCUAAAGCCAGUCGCGUGGUAAAUAUCAUUUAUUUAUUGAACCUCGGAGCGCAUCUCUCAUUGUGUGUGUGAAACGAAGUGAUAGGCGUAUUUUCUUCCGCGCGGAAGACGCGAGAAUCUGUGAUUCUUCUUCUCGGGUGAGGCGCUUUUUCUUCUGUUCUCUGCGAAGUGCGAACGACACAGGGCUGUGUACGUGCGUUUAUAAGCGUCGCGUGCUGUUUCCGGCUUUUUACCGAAUUGACGGGGAACGCGCGGAUUUCGGGACGCCGGCUGGGCUGGCGAUCCUCUCUCUUACGCGCGACCGUAUAAUAUUAUUGUACAAUGUAAAUAUAUAUAGCGUGUCCGAGAGAAAAUUAUACCGCGAAGCAAAGCCGUCGUGUGUGUGUGUAUGCAUGGGAGUGAGAUGGAGGGUCCUCGCGCGCGCGCACGCGUGCGUUCCAAGAUCCGCGUUGUCGGCCUUUCCUACCGACCAAUCGACAAAAAAAAAAAAGAUAUCGUACGGCACGCAUUAAGUAGCGAUGUACCUUCUCGAGUCAACCGUGGGCGAGAAGUGUAAUGUUAAUUCGAUAUAAACGUACAUCGUGUGGCCCCCGUGUUGUUUUCUCUCGCGGAGUUCUUCGACAGUAACUCGUAGCAUCAAUUGCGAUCUUUUUUUUUUUGUUUGUUAAAUCACCCACUCGGCGAAUUGCAAGCGCGUUUACGUCGAUCUUAGUCGAUCGAUGUUUCGUUUGUCUCGUACGUGUCGAUCGAGAGAAAAAGAGAGAGAGAGAGAGAGAAUAGGCAGGUGAGAGUGAGAAAGAGAGAAAGAGAACAGAAAAAACACAACAGUGAUUGUCGAUACUCUGCUGCGAUUCUGAGUAGAAAAUCGAUUGCAAUCUCUUUUCCCACUCGCGCAUCAUUCGGUACAUACCGUGCACAACUGUAAAAAGUUAAAUAACUCGCGUUAUAUAGUACGUACGUAUCGUGCUCUAUGACUAUUGGGUCAAGAUAGAGAAAGAAAGAAAGAGAGAGAGAGAGAGAGAGAGAGAGGCGCACGUAUAUACGUACGAGCGCAUAUAUGUAAUACAUAAGACAGAGAAAGAACAAUGGAAGACAGACCGACGGAGAGAAAGAAAGAGAGAGUGGAUGAAUGAAUGAAUAAAUGAAUAAACGAACGAACAAACGAACGAAUGAAUGAGUGAAUGAUAGAAAGAACGACUGAUCACGUGUGUGUACGCGUAACUCGAGUUCUGCGAUUCGUCAGAUUGUCACACA